AUUGGCUUGGCGGCAAUUCAGUUUUCGUCUAACGUUCGCCCCAUUCGCUACGCCAUGGAGUAAACAAUACUUUACUUAUCCGUGCCUCCAAGAAAAGAUUGCCGAAGUCAUAUCGUCAAGUGCUUGAGGAAACGCUCAAUUUGUGAGAUUAGUGAACAAUUGAACCAAAUUUACAAUCAAUCGAAUAUCGAAAUUGAAACCAAAACGCGGAUUCGUGUGAACUUUUCGAGGUAUUGCAUGCAAGUCGUGAUUGCUUUUAGAAAGGUAACGUUCGGAUAGCUCCCGGGCUCCGUGCUGGAUGGUUGCAACCUAAGUGCAGUGCAGUGCAUUUGGAGUGAAUGGAAGUGAGACCAACCUACUAAGUGCAGUUCUGCUGGCUUGACAUUUUGCUGCUGUGCCUACUUAUCCAUGUUGAGACUGCAAUAAUGUGGUAUUUAAACAUUGUGCAAUAAAGGUGUGGAUUAAGAUUGCAGAUACUCCCAGGAUAAAACUCCCAUAACAAUAGUUGGCAGCGCACGUGAACCACAAAUAAACACAGCAUGAACAAGCUCAGAAUGCUAAUCGUAUCGGAUCAAAAUGAUUUCGACAAAAAACUUUCGAGUACAAUCAAAAAAUUCAGCAGCGAAAGAAACUUAUUUUUCACGAACCUGUACAACAACUCGAUGAACCUGGGCAGCAUAACAGACCUGAACCACUGCAACGGCGGAAAGUCGUUUUCGAAAACCACUGGCAAAUCCAUCUUUCGCGGAACUCUGCUGAAACGCUGCAAAAGUUCAAAAGAUAUCUACGAUAAAUCCUUUGACCUUGACAUUAAAAAGCUGAAAGACGAGGAUCCCACUUUGCAGCGACAAUCAUUCAAUUUGGACCAAUCUGAUAUAAACUAUUUAUACUCGCAAAAUAGACGCAAUACAGUCAAGGAGCUUCGUAAGAAUUUCGAGAAUGUACCGAACAAUAACCAGAACCAAGGCCAGGAGUCGACCAACACGUUGCCAUCGAAACCUCCGGCUGGAAAUAAGAAAGUUCCCACACCUUUCAAACGCACAGAAUUGGCUGCCAUUGAAACGGAAAAGCGUCUCAGUUUCCGUGAAAAAGCCAAGCAUGAAGGAGCUCCCAUGCCGAGGCGGCUUUCUCGCCAUUCAUUCUACAUUCAACGAAACGGCUACGAAACCAUCGAGGACUAUGAUGACUACGAUGGUCGUGCUCGAGCCAAACUGAGGGCUCAGCACUUGAUGAAUAGCCGGGACGCGAGCAAACCACCCAUCAAAGUACGCAACGGUAGCAAAAUUCAAAAUGGCGAAGGUGGAGGUGGCCGCCAUAUCAAUGUCGAAGCCAUUUUGCAAUCACGACUGAAUUUGUUGGAAAUGCAUUCGUUAAGUCGACGUUCCUUGAAUGCUGCCAUUGUACGUGACAACAAUUUGUAUAGGAAUAUAUUGAGCGAUAGUUUCGAAGAUAGUAAAUUUGGUAUCAAGAAGAGCGGUAGCGUGAACAAAAUCGAUUUGGAGAUAUUAAAGAGUGAACUUGAUGACUUCGUCGAUCCAACAUGGCGCGCUAACAUUGCAUUGGGAUAUGGCUUUCGGUCACAGCGGUCACUGAGUACGAGUAGAAAGGAACUUGAUUUAGAGCAAAAAAUUGACUUAGAAAUUAAAAUGCGCGAAGGAUCUGCAAAACUGCUGGCAGCAUGCAACAAUCCGAAAAAUCUAUCAUCUUCUGGCGUGGUUAAUGGAAACAAUUCAACAAAUUCGCACAAUACUCAAAUUCUUGAAGCCGCCAAAAAUCUUCUGACAUCAAAUGAGCGCAUGACGGCCUAUUUGGCGGAAUUACAGCGAAGGAAGCGCGAUCGCGAUACAAUUGCUAAAGCAAAACCAUUAGCAAAAGUAUCAUUUAGCGAGCUCCGAAUGCCACUCAUGUGGCGGGAUAGUGACCACUUUAAAAAUAAAGGCGAUUACAGGAGAUUCGCAGUGUUCUGUUUGGCGAAAAUUGGCACUGAAAUUUAUGACACAUCACUCUUGUGUCCGGUGGAUCGGAAUCUAACGGACAUCUGUUUCAACGAUGCCAUUUUGUUUACAAACGUAACUCCUGAUUUCGAACUGAAAUUAGAAGUUUACGCGGUGAUGAUGGAAUCGGACUUGUCAAUAGCAUCGACCCGACGAAAAAUUAAAAACACCAUCCAUUCCUCUAUAAGUAGAACAGUAGGCAAGCGCCUAGCUGCCAAUCUAAACGAUGAACUAAAUAAUACAAAAAUCGGACCAAAGUUUGAGCUUAUUGCAACGGCACAAUUAACACUCAACGAGGCAUCAAGUGAAGCGCACACCCAUGACUUAGUUCUAGCAUCGAACAAUGCAACGUUGAAUGUUAACAAUAAGUUGCCACUCUUUGGUCAUUUUUGUUGUCGAUUGGCAGUUUGCCCGGAUUCGUACGAGCAGGCAUCCCAAGCAGGGCAAUUGUCUUUGCUUCCCAAAGGCCCGACACGUCAAGUUGAUGGCUACGCCAGACUGCAGGCAUUCCGUAUUGAAAUAUGGGACGAUGAGAAAGCCUUCCAGGCAAAUUGUCAGUCGAGACGUUGCGUCAACAUCACGAGGGAUACCAAAUUGAAGUUGAAGGGAGAGACUGACAUAGUUUUAACGAACAUGGAGGAAGGUGUGGUUGAGGAGUACAUUUUUCGGGCAUCAUCAAACGAAGUACAAAAAUGGUAUUCAUCGUUGAAAAAGGCCAUCAAAGAGCACAUUCAAUGGGGUCACAUCAUGCUAUCGGAACCAAUGCAAUUGGCAGUUCCUGGUAAUGCUAGAAACUAUUCAGUUCGAAGUUCGCGGCAAGGUUCCCUCUAUGACCAAGUUCCCAUACUAGAAUCCACUGAUAUUCGUCAAUCGUCACGUCCAACAGUUCAUGAUAUUUUCGCAAUUCCAAUUUCCAGAAACACAUCGCCAACAAUGAAUGAGUUUCGAAGUCGAGCCUACUCAUCCGGGCGCAGUAGCACGCACAGCAGCAGUACAAUUAGCGCAGGAAGUGUUGGCUCCAUAAGCUCUCGAAAAUCACAUUGGCCAUUUAGCAAUAAGUAAGGAAAGAUUAAAAGAUUUUAUCUAUAAAUAUGAUUCCCGAAGUUUUGCAAUUCUUUUUAUAUUUAAUGAUGAGUACAUAAUUUCUGUGAAAUCUAAUUAUCAAAUGAAAGACAAAAGAGAUUUAGGAUAAAAAGUAAAUACGAAAUAAAUAAUUUAAUUUUUGACUGUAGUAA